AAGGCAAUCUUUAUUACAAGCCCCAUUCACUCCUUUCUUCCCUCCCACUGGGAUGUCUCCAGUGUUUUAUCUCCAGGUUGUCGGCUGCCUUCCUUUGGAGCAGCUCAAGGCAGCACAAAGGAAAACAAACAGGUUCCUGAGAUCACACCUGCUGGGCUCUUUCAUGCCUGUUGCAUGGAAGGAAGAGACAACCCCCCAAUAAACAGGGAAAGGGGGGUUGGUGGGGUGGGCAGAAGGAGGGAAGGGUGAACACCCGGACAAUCCUUUCUCUGGGGCUUUGUGAUGAAUUUUGGACCAGUUUGCAGCCUGAUCCAGUGGAAGUUUACGUGGAAGUUUUAUUCAGGCUCACAGUCCAGACAUUAAUGGAUUUUUUGUUGUUGUCAUAUGUCUUCAAACUGUUUCUUACUCAUGGCGACCCUAAGGUGAACCCAUUAUGGCAUUUUUUUGGCAAGAUUGUCAUGGCCUUCCUCUGAGGCUAUGAGCAUGAGACUUGCCCAAGGUCACCCAGUGGGUUUCAGGGCCAAACUGGGAAUGGAACCCUGGUUGCCAGAGUUGGAGCCCAGCUCUCAAACCGCUACACCAGGCUGGCUCUCAAAUGCUCUCAGAGAAAGGAACUGGCAAAACCACAUCUGAGUGUUUCUUGUCUAAGAAAGCCCUGUGAAAUUCUUGGGGUCACCAUAAGAGUGUGUGUGUGGCAUCUGAAGGCAAAUGUGGGCCAUACCUCUUGAGCCUAUCUCCAAGCAGUCUGAGGGAGUUACUUGAAGCGUAGGAUUGCAGUGAUCAUGCCUACUCAGAAAUAAGUCCUGCAGAGUUCAUUGGGAUUUGCAGCCUAAGCUUAUACAUACAUUUACUCCAGAGUACCUUCUCUCAAAUUCAGUGGAGCAUGCUCCCAGAUAUGCAUAGGAUUACAGUGAGAUUAAUGUGAUUGAAACCAUUCCCCUUCGGAAGAAUAUAACUUCAUAAACUUAAGUGUUAAGCAUAAAUGUUUGCAAAUUAAGUUGUGAGAAAUCAGGAUUUUUUUAAAAAGGCUUUUGACUGUGCUCUGGUUGCAUGUUGACAGUUCUGUUACUCUUUUUGUAUGGUUUGUUAUGUUUCCGUACUAAAUUACAUGCUAUUGGUAUCAUGGCUUAAGUUGGAAUGGUAUUGUCAUAUGCCUUUUCCUGGAAUCAUGUGGUUUAUAGUUUGCAUGCAGGAUAUUUGUGUGUUGUAAGCCAAACCGCCUCUGCUGGCAACAUCCAGGAAGUGAAUGGCUUAUCUCUAGGUGUUAUGAAUUCACAAUAAACAUUCUUAUAGUGCCCAGCAUUGUAAUGUUCAGGUUCUGGUACUUAGAAUUGCAGAGUAGUGCACAAAUGUGAAAGUUCUAGGGAGUGAUGUGUUAUUUAUACUGUUAACAUCUAGGACUGCAUUAACUCAUGUAAGGCUGACCUUAGGAACCUUAUUGCUGCUUGGCAUUUUUAUUGCAGCAAAUAUUGCAUCAGAAUUUUAAAUUUGCUUUCUACAUGGUGUUAAAGCUAAAUGUACAGAGAGGAGAGUCUACCAAAGUAUUUGCUAGAUUUCUGCAGAAUGCAAAUGUUCUCUCAUUAGCUGAUCCCAUUUUGCUUGCAGGCCUGGUUGAAUUACAACAGUGUGGUGUGGAGGAGGGAGGGGAUUUCCUUUCCCCAUGGCUUAGGCUGCAGCCCUGUAUGCCCUUCAUGGGUGGGAACAGGGAAUUCAGAUGUGUUCUAAGCUUGUUGGAGUGAUCACUCUUCAGAGUACUGAUGGAGACAAGAGCUCAGAAUGGCAGCGGGUCACAGCCCUUACUACAGGGUCAGCAUGACAGUGGGAGGCAAUAUGGCGAUUCUGACCUGAGGGAUGUCCUGGUGCAACAGGUUCACGUCUUGUCCCUGGACCAGAUCAAGGCAAUCCGAAACACAAAUGAGUACACCGAACCGCCAACUGUGGCUCCGCGGCCUGGGGUGAAACCUGCACCACGCCCACCGGCCCAGCACAAAAGUGAGAGACCGCAUGGGUUGACUGAGCAGCGGCAUCUUAGCAGGGUGCAGCAUCCCCCAGUUCACAUCUCUUCCCGGGUCCCCCUGUCCCGUUCCAUUAGCACAGUCAGCACUGGCUCACGGGCCAGUACGAGGACAAGUACUAGUAGCAACUCCUCAGAACAGAGACUCCUGGGGUCCUCUUUAGGGACUGUUGUGGAUGGGAUAAUCCGAGUGCAGCCCAAGUCAGAACUGAAGGUGAGCGAGCUCAAGCCUCCCAGCAAAGAAGAUCUGCACAUGCAUGCCUAUCGAUGUGAGGACUGUGGGAAAUGUAAGUGUAAAGAGUGCACUUAUCCACGAACCCUUCCCUCCUGUUGGAUCUGUGACAAGCAGUGCCUUUGCUCACCCCAGAAUGUGGUUGAUUAUGGGACUUGCGUCUGCUGUGUGAAGGGGCUUUUCUACCACUGCUCCAAUGACGAUGAGGACAACUGUGCCGAUAACCCUUGUUCUUGUAGCCAAUCGCACUGCUGCACUCGGUGGUCCACCAUGGGGGUUGUAUCCCUCAUUCUGCCUUGCUUGUGGUGUUACUUUCCAGCCAAGGGUUGCCUUAAAUUGUGCCAGGGCUGUUAUGACCAGGUAAAUCGGCCUGGCUGUCGCUGUAAACACUCCAACACCGUGUGCUGCAAAGUUCCCAAUGUCCCACCCAGGAACUUGGAAAAACCAACAUAGCAUUACUAAUCAGAAGUGUGGCAAGUCAUAAGGAUUCUUCUGUAACAUCAUCAUGUGCAGCCAACUAAAAGAGCUAUAAUUGUGGCACUGUUCAGAAAGAUUGAGGGCAGGGAGGGGACAUAGAGGUUUGCAGUGACCUGCUUAUUUUUCUGUGUGUUUGCAUGGGUCAAGUUAAUGGAUAUGUAUCUUAGAAUCUACCAGUGGAGCUCAGAAGGGGGUACACUCCGUGGGACCCAAAUAUUGCAUAAGCUAACUCAACUCAGACACUCCUAGGCAAUCUGUUGUGUUGUAUGUCUGUGUGUGUGUGCGCGCGCGUGCGUGUGUAUGUUUUUUGUUUUUUAAAAAAAUGAAUAGUACAUUUGUAAAUUAGAAAACUACUUCAUCCCACUCCCAGUUAUUUUCUGCCAGAGAUGUGCUAUAUAUUUUUGUAUAUAGGAUAUUUUCAACUGUGAAAACAUGAGUGUCAUAGAAUAUAUGGCACAGGUCACAAAAUAUUAUACUAAUAUGUUGUACAUUCAAAAGAAUGUGAAAUCAAUCAAUAUGUUUUAGAUUGUAUUCUGCCUUACAGAAGCCCUUCAGUUGCAAGACUCUUGAUUCCCCCUCCCCCUUUUGGGACUUCAUGUAUAUUGUACAGUUACAGUAAAAUUCAGUCUUUAUUUUCUAAUUUUUUCAACAUAUUGUUUAGUGUAAAGAAUAUUUAUUUGAAGUUUUAUUAUUUUAUAAAAAAAGAAAUAUUUAUUUUAAGAGGCAUCUUACAAAUUUCACCCCUUUUUAUGAGGAUGCCACAGUUGCUGCAAAUAAGGGGUGAAAGAUACAUAUGUUCCCUAUAAAAUAGAAAAUAUAUUAACGUUUGAAAUUAAA